AUGCCACCCACGCGAUCCCUCCCCCCCUCAUUUCUCCUCCCAUCAUGGACCACCCGGCAACUUUCACUCCUCUCCCAACGCCGCCACAUAUACCAAAAAACGCGGAUCCGCAACCGAGACGGCGAGCCCCCCAAACCACGCGGUGAAUCACUCUUUGGAUCGCGACGCAUAGACAUCACACCCCCCAUCACACCCCCCACCUCACUAUUCGAAGAGCUGUUCCCCGAAGAACGACUUCCCCCCUCCAAACCUCGCUCUGCACGCCUUAAACCUCGUCCCCCAUUGAGAUUUCCCAAACUGCCAACGUUUGACUGGAUGUCCAAUAUUGAGAUCUUCGACGAGGAAGAAGUGCAGCGACGGGCGGCGGAGAAGGAGAGGAAGGAUUGGAAUAUUGUGGGGAAGGAGAGGGGGUGGGAAGCAGAAGAUGCGCAGCAGAGACGGGAGGCUAGUGUGUUGAUUUUAAAUUGUGCGAGUAAGACGUUGGAGGAGAGUGAUUUCUAUAGGUUGAGUCCGAGGGGUGAACAUAUCGAAGGAUGGACUAGUGGGAUUAUUAAGAUAAUCCCCGGCCGAGACCCCCAAACCCUUCAAUCCCUCGGCCACUACUUCAUACUCUUCAGUUCGCGCGCCGCAGCCCUCGCCUACUUCCACCGAACCAUCGAACUACACACACUCUCGCGAUCCCACGCCCCAAACAUCAUCCCCAUGUCCGCCGCGCGAACCUCCCACCGCGCCCCCCUCCCACACUCCACCAAGGAACUCCAAUCUCUGCUCCACAACUUCUCUCUCGUUCCCCCUUACACACGACUCUCCCUCCGACUACUCCAAAAGCCCUACCGCCCCGCCAUAUACAUGCUGCUAACCACCGGCUCCCCCACCUCCCUCACACUCUCGCGCUCCCAAUCGCACGCGCAAGACACCGUCCUCUUCACACUCAACAUCCCCUCCAUCGGCCUCAGUUCCUGGGGCCUGCGCGAGAUUCUCGACGCUGACGGAAAACGGCGCAACUUGCUCUGGCGCUUCGCCCGCGAAGGAGCCAUCGUGCGUAUUGGAGAAAAAGCCGACAUGAAACCCGGGCAACAACUGGGAUAUCAUGGCGAAAAUGGCAUUGGAAAGAAGAAGGUAUACAACAUGAGUGGACGAUACAUAUUAUCAUUCAUGGACCGAGCCGAGGCGAGACGAUUCGUGAGGGAGUGGCAUAAGCGACCCUGUCCAUUACAGAGGAUAUAUAAGGAUGGGGAUGAACCGCCUCCUAUUGCUAAUGCGGAGAUUGUAUGGUAG